CCCCUCAUGACGAUUAUCCUUUCCAGGCUAUCACGACAUUUCUCCAACCUACCUCCCGUCUAUUUUAACAGCAGCUUGGAACCGUCAUUCACCACACCAUGGCAAGCCCAAAGACUAACCGCCUCAUCCUCGGUCUCAUGACCAUUGGACCAGACACCGAACUCGGCGCCCGCAUAACCUCUCUCGACACCUACAAGCAAUGUCUCGAUUACCUCUCUAAAAAGGGCUACCACGAGCUCGACACCGCAGGCUCCUACGUCGGCGGCAAACAAGAGGCCUUCACACGCGACGCCGAUUUCCGCUCGCGCGGCUUCGAAAUUGCGUCAAAAGUAUACCCCGUGCAGCCCGGCGACCAUGAACCCGAAAAGCUCCGUUCGAAAUGGCUUGCCAGCCUGGAGAAGCUCGGCGUCGACUCCACAGACAUACUGUACCUGCACGCCCCGGACCGCGCCACGCCCUUCGAGACAACCCUUGAGUGCGUCAACCAGCUGUACCAGGAAGGCCGCUUCAAGAAGCUCGGCCUGAGCAACUACGCCGCCUGGGAAGUCGCCGAGAUCGUCGGCAUCUGCGAGCGCCGCGGCUUCGUCAAGCCCGCCAUCUACCAGGGCAUGUACAACGCCAUCACGCGCGCGCUGGAAGCCGAGCUGCUGCCCUGCCUGCGCAAGUUCAACAUUGAUCUGGUCAUCUACAACCCGCUCGUAGGCGGGCUGUUCUCGGGGAAGUACUCGACGUUGGAUGCGCCGGCCGAGGGGCGCUUCUCCGACAAGGUGAACUACGGGAAGAUGUACCGGGAGAGGUACUUCAAGGAGUCGGUGAUAGACGCGCUGGCGCUCGUGGAGCCGGUCGCGAAGGAGCAUGGGGUGCCGCUGAUCGAGGUGGCGCUGAGGUGGUGUGUGCAUCAUAGCAAGCUUAAGAUGCGCAGUGAGGGCGGGAAUGACGGGGUUAUCAUUGGUAUCAGCUCGUAUGAGCAGCUGGAGCAGAAUGUCGAGGCUUUCGAGAAAGGACCGCUGCCACAACCUCUGGUCGAUGUGUUGGAUAAGGCAUGGGAGCGGACCAGAGGCGAUGCGGUUACGUACUGGCGGUAGCUUGGAUUGCGGCUGUAAGCCAAGGCGGGCCUCACCGAAGCAAAUGCAAAGCUUGUUCGUUCGAUGAGAAAUUGUGUCUAGCAUGGUGAUCAGCUGUCUUAGCAAAUCACUGUUGGCCGGUGGAAGUCCGCAUGGGAGAUUGAAAGCUGUAAGUUUCAUGUCAACACCAAUCACAC